GAGCCGCUUUUGUUCUCGCGAUAUUUCCCGGUACACGGGAACACGGCGGCCCGGGUGUAUGUGAAAUAUGGCGGCCGGCUGGGACCGUACCACAAGGAAAGGACAUUUUGAUACAAAUAAGAAAGGAAUCUCAGGAUAGAAGAUGGAUUUUUAAAUUGUCUCUUUUCACUACCAGUUUCUGUCAGGGUGGAGUUGAGGAACGGAGCGGUGUGGCGUGACUCUAUGAAGGAGGGGGAAGGUUUUCCUGAAGAUGAGGCGACUGAAUCGGAAGAAAACCUUAAAUUUGGUGAAAGAGUUGGAUGCCUUUCCUAAGGUUCCUCAAAGCUAUGUGGAGACCUCGGCCAGUGGGGGUACAGUUUCUCUAAUAGCAUUUACCACUAUGGCUUUAUUAACAAUAAUGGAAUUCUCAGUAUAUCAAGACACGUGGAUGAAGUAUGAAUAUGAAGUAGACAAGGAUUUUUCUAGUAAAUUGAGAAUCAACAUAGAUAUCACUGUUGCCAUGAAGUGUCAAUAUGUUGGAGCAGAUGUAUUGGAUUUAGCAGAAACAAUGGUUGCAUCUGCAGAUGGUCUAGUAUAUGAACCAGCAAUAUUUGAUCUUUCACCACAGCAAAAAGAGUGGCAGAGGAUGCUGCAGCUGAUUCAAAGUAGGCUUCAAGAAGAACAUUCACUUCAAGAUGUGAUUUUUAAAAGUGCUUUUAAAAGUGCAUCAACAGCACUUCCACCAAGGGAGGAUGAUUCAUCACAGUCUCCAGAUGCGUGCAGAAUUCGUGGUCACCUCUAUGUUAAUAAAGUUGCUGGGAAUUUUCAUAUAACUGUGGGCAAGGCAAUUCCACAUCCUCGAGGCCACGCACAUUUGGCGGCACUUGUCAACCAUGACUCUUACAACUUUUCUCACAGAAUAGAUCAUUUGUCUUUUGGAGAGCUUGUUCCAGGAAUUAUUAAUCCUUUAGAUGGAACUGAAAAAAUUGCUAUGGAUCACAACCAAAUGUUCCAAUAUUUUAUUACAGUUGUGCCAACAAAAUUACAUACAUAUAAAAUUUCAGCAGACACACAUCAGUUUUCUGUGACAGAAAGGGAGCGAAUCAUCAACCAUGCUGCAGGCAGCCAUGGAGUCUCGGGAAUAUUUAUGAAAUACGACCUCAGUUCUCUGAUGGUGACAGUUACUGAGGAACAUAUGCCAUUCUGGCAGUUUUUCGUAAGACUAUGUGGUAUUGUCGGAGGAAUCUUCUCAACAACAGGCAUGUUACAUGGAAUUGGAAAAUUUAUAGUAGAAAUAAUUUGCUGUCGUUUCAGACUUGGAGCCUAUAAACCUGUACAUUCUGUCCCCUUUGAAGAUGGGCACACAGACAACCACUUACCUCUUUUAGAAAAUAAUACACAUUAGUACCUCCUGUGUGGAGAGAAACUUUUUGCCUGAGACACAAAACCUUUUUUAAUAAUAAAAUAUUGUGCAAUAUAUUCAAAGAAAAAUAUGAAUGAGAAACUGAAUAACACACUUAUUUAAAAAAAAAGAAAAAAGGAAAAAAAAAAAACCCAAACUAAAAUCCUGUAAAUGUGUCUGUUACAAAUGCCCUAGAAGAAAUUAUGGAGCUAAUAAUGGAGAGAUAAGCCUGUCUGGAGUGUUGUUCAAAGACAACGCCUGCCACUUCCCCAGCAAAUGGACUGUCAGAGUCAGACCUUCCUGCUUGGUAACAGAAAGCUCAAGGAAGGAGUGGAGACCACAUCUACAGAAAAAGAGCAUUGAUAAGUGCAAAUGUUUGCAUCCUUUUGUUUUUAAAAGACAUGAUGUAAGAAUAAAAUAUGUAAAACAUAUGGUAAACUAGUCUAGACUUUAAAAACCUGUGAUCAGGUCCCAUUGUUAAUAAAGGAAAACAGGGACUAGUCCCUGUGUUCUAGCCAUAUUGAUGUUAAGCCAUAUUGACAAGACCAUUUAUCCAGUACUUGAUCUUAGGAAGGGAAAUGCUUUUCCUUAAACUCAGGUUACUGGCUUUCUAACUGUUCAAGGUAGGCUCUUCUGGGGUGGUGUGUAAGUGUUAUGUGUGUGAGAGUAGUACUUACAGAUUGUGUAGUGAAGACUGGAUAGAAGAAAGCACAUUUCUAAAGCAAGCUGAGUGUCCUCAUCUGUCAUGUUACUGAUACUCUUUGAGGAUCAUGGGAUGAGUAAUGAAAAGACCCCCUUUGAGGGAAAGAAAUCAGUGUGUGAAAUAUUAAGAGGAAAAGUAGAAUAUUUUAUACACGUGAUGAGUGGGAACAGGGUAACUUUACAUGAAAUAAAAGUAUGAGCCAAAUUUUAAAUAUAAAAUAAUGUCAUCUGAGAAGUGCCAUAUUACAGUGUCUGUUAAGCUAUAAAGCUGAAUUAUGAAAGUUGCAUUCAGGAUGUUCUGAAUGUGACUGGUGAAUUAUAUUGUGUUGUUUUAAUUUUAAUAGUGUUUAAGGAUUGUGUUUAAAUUUCCAUAAUAUAAAAGAUUAAAAUAAUUAGCGGAAACUGCCAUUACAAACUGUACUUGGAAUACAUUUGCCAAAAUCAGUUUUCAUUUUGUAAUAUUUAAUGAUAGUAGAAUAAUUAUCAAGCAAUCCCCAAAGUUUAAGUCAUUUAGGGAAGUGAAACAAAAAUCCAGAUUAGACUAAAAGAUUUUAGUCUUUAACAAACAAGACCAAACAACUAGAUUUAAAAUGGCAGUUUUAGAAUCAAGUCUGAUGAUACACACCUGUAAUCCCAGCACCAUAGGAGGCUGAGGCAGGAGGAUCACCAUGAGUUUAAACUCAUCCUGUACAACUUGAUGAGACCUCAUAUCAAAAAGAAAAAGGUUUGAGCCUCGGUUUUAGUCCUCAUUACUGGGAGAAAAAAAUCACAAUUUAAAUGGAAAAUUUCUAUAUAAAAAAAUGUUAAAAAAGAAGAGUGCUGGUGGGAAAUCAGGACAAAGCUGCUUUGCAGUGAAAUUUAUGUAGAAUAGUGUUUUGCAUAAAAUAGAAGCAUCUUUGUUUAAAAUGUCCAUUCUCACUGAGGAUCGUGUGUUAACUGAUUGAUCAAGGUGGCAUAACAUGCCUCAAAGAAGUUAUUAAUUCAGGAAGCUCAAGGUUCUGAGUCUUCUCUAGGUUUUUUUCUUCAGAUAUUAUUUCCAACAAAGUUGGGAUAGAAACUAAUAGAAUCAUCUCUCAAAGGGAGUUUUAAUUAAAAAGUAUUAGUAUUUUAGCUACUUUAGACUGGAUGGUGGGUCUUUUAAAUUCAGAAGUUCAAUUGUUACAGGUUUUUUUAAUG